CCCCCACUCUCUCUCUCUCCCUCUCUCCCUCUCUCUCUCUCAUUGCAUCCAUUUUUGUGCAUUUAAGAAAUCUCCAAGAAUUACCAACCUGGGGGAAAGCGAGCUGACCAGAGUGACAGAGGAGGGUUAAGGACUCCAAACGACAACAAACAAGGACGGACCGGGGCCACCUUUUAUUCCAACAUGAGAAUAAAACCGUUCUAAAGGGAUGGCAGCGAUGGGUUAGGCAGGAUUUAACAUGACUGCAAAAUAAAAGCCACUCUGUGUAAAAUAUGUCUGCUCCACACGGGCCCCGGGGCGGCCCCGGCCCUGCUGCCGCCGCCGCCGCUGCUGCCUCAGCGGCCGGCGCCAUGCCGGAGAUGCCGGACCUCAGCCACCUCACCGAGGAGGAGAGGAAGAUCAUCCUCGGUGUCAUGGACCGACAGAAGAAGGAGGACGCGAAGGAACAGUCGAUGCUAAAGAUCAAAGAAGAACCAAAGCCUCAGCCGGCACAGUGGUUUCCCUUUAGUGGGAUCACUGAGCUGGUAAAUAACGUCCUUCAGCCCCAGCAAAAGUCCCAAAAUGACAAGGAGCCAGAGCCAGACGCGAAGUUGCACCAGCAGUUUGAAUCGUACAAGGACCAGGUUAAGAAGAUGGGGGAAGAGUCUAAGCCGACUCAGGAACAGAACAGCGAAGCCCCAACCUGCGGGAUAUGCCACAAAACCAAGUUUGCCGAUGGCUGUGGCCACCUCUGUUCAUAUUGCCAAACCAAAUUCUGUGCUCGGUGCGGAGGACGAGUGUCUCUGCGGUCAAAUAAGGAGGACAAAGUGGUUAUGUGGGUAUGCAACUUGUGCCGAAAACAACAAGAAAUCCUCACCAAAUCGGGGGCGUGGUUCUACGGCUCGGGGCCUGGUCAGGUGCUGUUUGAGGGGGGGCCGCAGGGCAAGAAGGCCAAGCUGCAGGACCCGUCCUUGUACCCCUACCAGGGAGCCUCAGGGGACUCGACACCAGCGUCAGACAGAAGCAGACCUCACGGCGGACUCCUGCCCAGACAGUCGUCCCUUGACAACGGAUCGGGGCUGAGGUACGACGCGCCCAUAGACAGGAAACGAAGCCCAUCUGCAUCCAGGGAUCCAAACCAAAAAUACGACCAAAGGGAGGGGGGCGACCACUCGCAGUAUGCCCCGCCGGACGGCGGCAUGCCCAGAUCACCGUCUGACUAUGGGGAUGGGGACCCUCGGCGGGCUCCGCGGGGCCAUCACAUGUACCCAGACGCAGAUGCAGCACGGAUGGGUUACCGGGACCGGCGGGGCCCCGGACGCUGGCACUCCCAGGAAUACCCGCUGGACCAGGAGCUAGAUGGACCGCCCAGCGAGUAUGACCUCCAGCGGCAGCGGCAGGAGGAAUUCCAGACGCGCUAUCGCAGCGACCCCAACCUGGCGCGCUACCCUGUCAAGCCGCAGCCCUACGAGGAGCAGAUGAGGAUGCACGCCGAGGUGGGCCGCUUGCGGCACGAGCGCCGCCAUAGUGAUGUCUCCCUGGCCUACACGGAGCAGGACGACCCGGGCCCCAUCCGGCUGUCCCGUCAGCAUCUCACCGAGCGCCGGCCGCCAAUGGCGGGACAGCGCUCCUACUCCGUCGACCGCUCCUCUCCUGGGCCCAUGGGUCCCGGCCUCGGAGGCCACAGGAGCUCCAACCACAGCCCCCCGACGCCGCACCGUAGCCCCGUGCUGGGUGACAGAUCCGGGGACCUGCGGAGAGGCGACAUGAGUGGAGGCGGGGAUCCCAUGAGGAGGCAGCAACACCACUUGGACCCCAAUUCAGCUCUCCGCAAGACCAAGAGGGAGAAGAUGGAGAGCAUGUUGAGGAAUGACUCUCUCAGCUCGGACCAGUCGGAGUCGGUGCGUCCGCCACCCCCCAAGCCCCACAAAACCAAAAAGGGAGGAAAGAUGCGGCAGGUGUCGCUGAGCAGCUCGGAGGAGGAGCUGGCUACCACACCGGAGUACACCAGCUGCGAGGACGUGGAGAUAGAGAGUGAGUCAGUCAGUGAGAAAGGUAGGGCGCCACAAACCUCACUCAGUCUGCUCUCGCUCUGCUUCCUUCUCUGUUUAUGGAUAGCUUUAUUAAGCGUUACUUUAUACCAUACCAUUGCACAGUCCUCAGAUGUUUUUUCAUACAAUGAUAAAGCCAUCCUGAUCUAUGCUGAUCCAGUCCCUGCUUUGCUUUCACAGGUGGUGGGAGGCAAGAUGACAGAAUCUGGUAGACUUUGUGCUUUUAUCACGAAAGUGAGGAAAGGAAGUCUAGCAGACACUGUUGGACACCUCAGACCAGGUGACCAGGUGCUGGAGUGGAAUGGGAAGCUUUUACAAGGAGCCACAUUUAAAGAAGUUUACAAUAUCAUUCUAGAUUCGAAGCCUGAGCCGCAGGUGGAGCUGGUGGUCUCACGGCCUAUAGGAGAUAUUCCUAGGAUACCAGACAGCACACAUGCACAACUGGAAUCAAGUUCGAGUUCUUUUGAGUCUCAGAAGAUGGAUCGCCCGUCCAUCUCCGUCACGUCCCCCAUGAGUCCCAGCAUGCUGAGGGACGCCCCCCAGUACCUGUCAGGACAGCUCUCAAGCCAAAGCCUUAGUAGAAGAACAACGCCUUUUACCCCUAGGGUCCAGGUCAAAUUGUGGUAUGACAAAGUGGGCCAUCAGCUAAUCGUCACCAUCCUGGGCGCCAAAGACCUGCCAGCCAGGGAAGACGGCCGGCCCAGGAACCCUUACGUCAAAAUCUACUUCCUCCCUGAUAGAAGUGACAAAAGCAAGAGGAGAACAAAAACGGUAAAGAAAUCCUUAGAGCCCAAAUGGAACCAGACCUUUAUGUAUUCGCCGGUGCACCGGCGGGAGUUUCGGGAGCGCAUGCUGGAGAUCACUUUGUGGGACCAAGCCAGGGUGAGGGAGGAGGAGAGCGAAUUCCUGGGAGAGAUCCUUAUUGAGCUGGAGACGGCUCUGCUGGAUGACGAGCCACACUGGUACAAGCUGCAAACCCACGAUGUGUCCUCCAUGCCGCUCCCACGGGCCUCCCCGAACACACAGCGCCGGCAGCUCCACGGAGAGAGUCCGACACGGAGGCUCCAGAACAAAGGCUCACAUUCAUACAACUCAGGAUCCCAGAGGAUAAGUGACAGCGAGAUCUCAGACUACGAUUGUGAAGAUGGUGUUGGGGUAAUAACAGACUACCGGUCCAAUGGCAGAGACUUCCAAAGCUCCACGUUGUCCGUCCCCGAGCAGGUGAUGUCGUCUAACCACUGCUCUCGGUCGGACGAUAUUAACCGGGCGCGGUCGCGCUCUCCCAGCGUUCCCCCACCCUCCAGCAGAAGUCUGGACCCAGCCUUUGACCUUAGGCCUUCUCAGUACAGCUCCUCCACUAGAGUGGACCACCACAGUGUGUCCGAAGAUAACUACUCAACUGACAGCCGCAACCAUCGCGUGCAUCCGAUCUGCCGAGAGGAAGCAGUCAGGUUACUGCGUUCCACUAGGAUGCCCCGCGCCUAUUCUGAGGGCGCCUACUCCUCCGACUAUGACUACGAGAGGAACCACGGAGCCAUGGAUAGACACGAGUACCACAGCAGGUCCCGCUCUGCAGACCAGCGGCCCACUAUAGAGCGCCCCACAUGCCGCUCGCGCUCCACUGAACGCCCCCACGACUCUUCGCUCAUGAGGUCCAUGCCGUCUCUGCCAUCUGGGAGGUCCGCACCCCCCUCACCUGCCUUGACGAGGGCGCACCCUCGUAGUGGAUCAGUCCAGACCAGUCCCACCAGUACCCCCAUGUCCAGUAGACGAGGACGACAACUCCCACAACUUCCACCCACGGGGAAAGAGAGAAAAGAUGGAGACGAAGGAACAGAGCCUUGUGAAGGUAUGGACAUGGAGGAGAGGACCAGGCAGAUGAAGCUGAAGAUGAACAAGUACAAGCAGGGAGCGGGCUCCGACUCAAGGCUGGAGCAGGACUACCACAAGCGAUCGGGCAGAGAUCCACGGGGCUCAGAUAACCUGUCGGCCAAGUCCUCGGACAGUGAUGUAAGCGACGUGUCCGCUGUGUCGAGAACCAGUAGUGCCUCUCGGUUCAGCAGCACGAGCUACAUGUCUGUCCAAUCAGAGAGGCCGCAAGGAAACCGCAAAAUCCGCCAGUUGCGAUCAAGGAGCCAGUCUGGCGAGGGGGACGAGCAGUUAGAAGCGCUAGAGGCGGAGGGGCCGGGGGCGGGCGGGGGAGGACGAAGCGGGGAAGGCCGAAGGGCAAGUAAAGAGGGAAGAUCACAGGAAGGGAGGAAGGGAUCAGGGGGGAAAGUAGACACAGACAAGGAGCACCAGGAGGAUUUGGUGGAGAAAGAAGAGGACUUGCACCAGAGGAGUAUCUCAGAGACUGACCUCAGUGACUUUGCAUCCAAAAUGAAAAACAGGCAGGUGGGCUCGUCGGGCGGGGUCAACAUGACCAAGAGCACAAGCGUCAGCGGCGACAUGUGUAACCUGGAGAAGACGGACGGCAGCCAGUCGGACACGGCCGUCGGCACGGUAGGCACCGACGAGAAGAAGAGGCGCUCCAGCAUUGGUGCCAAAAUGCAGGCCAUGGUUGGCAUGUCGCGCAAGAGCCGGAGCACCUCUCAGCUCAGCCAAACAGAAGCGGGAGGUAAGAAGUUACGCAGCACGAUCCAGAGGAGUACGGAGACGGGCCUGGCGGUGGAGAUGAGGAGCAGGAUGACUCGGCAGGCCAGCCGGGAGUCCACAGACGGCAGCAUGAACAGCUACAGCUCCGAGGGAAAUCUCAUCUUCCCUAGUGUGAGGCUCUCCUCAGAAGCCCAGUUCAGCGACUUCCUGGACGGUCUGGGCCCCGCCCAGCUGGUCGGACGACAGACGUUGGCUACUCCACCUAUGGGUGACAUCCAGAUCGGUAUGGUGGACAAGAAAGGAGCACUGGAGGUGGAGAUUAUCCGAGCCCGUGGCCUUGUGGGAAAACAAAGUUCCAAGGCACUGCCAGCACCAUAUGUAAAGGUCUACCUAUUGGACAACGGAGUCUGCAUAGCCAAAAAGAAAACAAAAGUAGCAAGAAAAACCUUGGAUCCUCUUUACCAGCAGCAACUGCCGUUUGAGGAGAGUCCAGGAGGGAAGGUGUUACAGGUCAUCGUUUGGGGCGACUAUGGACGAAUGGACCAUAAAUCCUUCAUGGGAGCAGUUCAGAUACUGUUAGAUGAGCUGGACCUGUCCAACAUGGUGAUUGGUUGGUUUAAGCUCUUCCCUCCUUCAUCAUUGGUGGACCCUACUCUGGCCCCACUGACAAGAAGAGCUUCCCAAUCCUCGCUGGACAGUUUCUCUCGAUCAUAGCAGCGUGUGGACUGAUAGCGUUGUUGUAGCAGCCAGUGUUGCGAUUACAGGUCACGCCCCCCCCCCCCGGUUACACUGCAUGCUUGAUGUUGUGUCUUCUGAGCCUGUUUCUAGGGGGUGCAAAUGUGAUCCUGUGUUUUGAGCAAGAACGUUGCGCACAUUGUGCACAUGGCGAAGCACCUGGCGGCCGGAAUUGCCCGGUGUUGUCUGUUGUUGUUCGGAGGAAGCUGGAAUGAACUCCUUAGCACGAGGAAUCCGUCAGUUCCAGGUUUUCAUCCAAUUCGAAGCCAUGGGGGUCAGCGCUGGGAACCACAAAACGAGUUCUACAGAAGCCCUGUUUCGAAUGAAAAAUAAAUGUUUUGCUUUUAUGAUUGUUCUUUUUUUUUAUCCAUCUUUUUUUUCCUUCUUUUUUAUGUCAGUGUACUUGUAUCUGAAGGGGGGGUGACACUGUUUCUAUCCAGAUGCUUGGUCACGCCACGCCAACAGACCUAGCUGUGUAGAGUGGGGGAGUUUCGGAGACCAUUACUUUGGGUGAGGUGUGUCCCAACUUGUAUCCACACUCCCCUAGACCUCUAAAGAAAAUACCCCGCACACUCUAGGUUUAUGUACUGAAUCCCACCGUACCGGUGAGUCACCAGAAAGUUAAUCAGAGGCAAGAUAGAAGUGGCUACCAUCGACACGCCAGGAUACACAGUAACAAUCCCAACCCCAUCAAAAGAUGUACAAUCUACCAUCAUUCUUUCUCUGUUGAUAUAUUGUAUGAAAAUGAAAAGAGAAAACAUAUUUUUUCCCCAUUUUGGUUCAUUUGCAUGGACAAAAAUGUAGCUGAAUAAAAAAAAAAAAAGAAAGACAAUUAUUUUCUUGAGGCUGCAACUUGCAAAAAAAAGAUGAAGAAAAAUAAAACAGAUCAGCCAUUUUCAACAAUUUAUAUUAUUUUUAAAGAUAAAUUUCACUAGUGCAUGGUUUUCAAGGGGAGUGAAUGCAACGUCGUGAUUAAAAAAGAAGAAGACAUUGUUUAUCAUUCUUUAGACCAUUCAUGAGUCGGUGUUUUGCAGACAUGCAGAUAAGGCAAACUUAAAGGAAACUUUAACAGAAAAUGUUUAUGUGACAAAAAGUGAUAAUGAAAAUAAAUGUAAAUUAUUUAUUUCAAAAUAAUUUUAAAAAGGCUCAUGCCUUAUAAAGAUAAAACUUAUGUGCAAAUUGUACAUGUUUCUCUUUUUCUUCCUUGUCCCAGGGUACUUCAGGGUACUACUCAUUGCUACCAUUGUUCAGUCCUCUGAUAACGUCCAGAUUUUAGGACUGUUGGUUCUUUUACAGUUCUGUAUUGUUUCAGGAUGUACUUUAAUUUGGAUUUGAUUUGUUUAACAAGCAUGUUGAAAAGGAUUUUCUGCAACAUGGCUUGGGCACACCUUACAGUAACUCAGCAUGUUUUGAUAAAGAUGAUAUUUGGAAUUUUUGCAGUUUCUUGUACAGUGCAUGUCAACUUCAUUACUUUUCUCCCUCACUUUCAAUUGAACUCUCCAGCAAAUUAGUUAUUGGUGUUCCGCGGCCAAUUUAUUGAAGUUUUGACAAAAACAUUCCACCCCCGAGAUCAUAUUUUCUUUCAGGUUUUUGAAAAAAAGUGACAAGGAAAAUGUUUUAUAUUUAUUGGAGGUUGACGAUACAGUCGUGACUGCAAGUGUAUUUUAUUUCAGUAUUGUUGACGAACAUGCAAAAAUAAUCUGUAUUGGUACAGCAAGAGGUCUAUACCUAUUCAAGAGGCAGCAAACAUGCAAGAGAUGUGUGUGGUUCGAUAUUACAGCCACUGUUUGUGAAGAUGAGCUAAUCACAAGUUCAAAUAACAAGGGAUAUUGCCACAGAAAAUGUUUUGUUUUUCUUGUUUUAAUGAAAAUGAAAUUAAUUUUACUAUAUUUUUGUUAGUUUUAUUUAAAAGCCAAGACCAGUUUAUUUUUUAUUUUCUAUUUUUAGUAAUUAUAAAUACCUCCCAUGUCUGGGAAGUAUGUGACUCUUAUAGUUGCAGUAUGUCUGAAUGAAAUUGAACUGAGGCAUUAUUCCUAUUCCAGAUGACGAUAUUGCGUUUCAAUGUCCAAGAAAACCUUUUCGCUGUAACGAGCUAUGGUAUAUAUUUUAAUUUUCAUUGUAAAUACCUUUAGAUGUCAGAAUUUGAAUAAACAAGCUACCAUGAAUAGAUUGAUAGACUCUUUUGGAACAGGAAAAUUGCCUCACAUGAUGACAAAGACAUAUAUUAUUUAUCCUUUUGAAUGCCUUUUCAUUUUUCUCUUUUUGGUGCAAUGUGUUAAUGCCAAGGCUAUGUCUUGGUUAAGUAUGGUUGAGUACAGAGAUUUAUGUAAGUUAUUUUUCAAAUUAAAAAUAAAAAAAAUUGAUAUCACACUGAU